GUCCCGCCCCCUUUUCAUAUUGAAUUUGUCGUUUUGUUUAGAAGUAGCAUAGACUACACACUACACAUCGUUAUGCUUUCAAGAUAAAUGGGAUUUUAAUGAUAAUUCGCGUUGAUUUUAAAGGUGAAAAGUGUCAUUUAUUCGACUUCUAGACUCGUCUGUAUAAGUGCAAUGUUUUUUUAAGAAAAUGUCAUGGUAGGUUAAUUUAUUCGUCAAACUACGUAUUUCGGGACACUUUGGAACAUUGUUUGAAAAGUGUAAACAUAACUCUUUUAUUCAGUAGCUACGUUAAAAAAAAAAUCAAUGUUUUUGAGGCAAAAGUCGAAAACAGGAUGCACUGAUGCUCCACCUGUGGCUCUCUGUGCUCACGCGCGUUCAUGCACAAUUACGCGCGCACUCGUCUCUCUCCACCAACACUUCAAUAGUCUGUCCCACAGCUCCAAGAAUGGGAAAAUCAGAGAGCCAAAUGGAUAUCAUGGAGAAAAGCACUAAACCGAGGAAGCAUCGCUGGACUGUAGUGGAGAUCGGGCUGUCUGUCAUUGUGCUUCUGAUGAGCUGCGCUCUGGCUGGACUCAUAGUGCUCUACACUUCAGCUCUGAGAGGGCUGAAAUAUCGAUCAAAUGCUGACAGCAAUGUCUGUACAACCCCACAGUGUGUCACUGCCGCGGCCCGACUGCUCCAGAACAUGGACCCCAGCGUGGAGCCGUGCCAGAACUUCUAUCAGUACGCCUGCGGAGGCUGGAUAGAGCGUCACGUCAUUCCCGAAACCAGCUCACUUCACAGUGUAUUCAAUAUCCUGAGAGAUGAGUUGGAGAUUGUACUCAAGGGAGUUCUGGAGAUGGAAAAUAAGGACGACAGAGAGGCCUUCAAGAAAGCCAAAACUCUCUACAGCUCAUGCAUGAAUGAGAUUCUGAUCGAGCAGCGCGACUCGCAGCCUCUCCUCAGGCUCAUUGACAGUAUCGGCGACUGGCCCGUGGCCUCUGAGGUCUGGAACAGCACAUCAGAGCAAAUGUGGAGCCUGGAGGAUACCCUGGCUGUUCUGAACGCUCGGUACAAUAAGAAGACUGUGCUUGAGAUGUUUGUGUGGCCAGAUGAUCGUGACUCCAGCCGCUACAUUAUUCAUAUUGACCAGCCAGCACUAGGAAUGCCUUCAAGAGAUUAUUACCUCAGCGAUGGGAAUUAUAAGAAGGUGCGCGAGGCCUACCUGGAGUUCAUGGUCUCCAUAGCAAGGAUUGCACGAGAAGACAGGAACCUGACCCAAGAUGAAGAACGUGUGUGGGAGGACAUGACUCAAGUGCUGGAGCUGGAGACAGACAUUGCGAACGCUACCUCACCUGCAGAAGAGCGCAAUGACAUUACCGUGCUCUACAACAAAAUGACACUGAGAGAAGUGCAGCAAGCUUUCAACCUCAAUGGCUUUAACUGGACGCGCUACAUCCAGGGUAUCAUGUCCAGCGUGUCAGUUACGGUGCAACCAGAUGAACCCGUAGUUGUGUACUGCUCACCUUACCUGGAGAAGCUCAGUGAUGUUCUUUCCAAACACAGUCACAGGACUCAGCAGAACUAUCUGGCGUGGAUGCUCAUCAUGGAGAGGGUCAGCAGUAUGAGCCGGCGCUUCAAAGACGUGAGAGCACACUACAGAAAGGCUUUGCAUGGCACUACGGUAGAGGAGGCGAGGUGGAGAGACUGUGUCCGUUAUGUCCAGGGAAACAUGGAGAAUGCCGUCGGGGCCCUGUAUGUCCGGGAAACCUUCUCUGGAAACAGCAAACGCAUGGUGCGUGAACUGAUCAGAAAGAUUCAGGAAGCUUAUGUGGAAACACUGGAAGAACUGAGCUGGAUGGAUGAACAGUCCAAGGAGAAGGCCAGAGAGAAGGCCAUGGCGAUAUCAGAACAGAUCGGUUAUCCCGACCACAUCCUUGAGGAGGAAAAUAAGAAAUUGGACGAGGAAUACACACACCUGAAUUUCAGUGAGGAGAACUACUUUGAGAACAUUCUGGAAAACCUGGCAGCUUCAGCCCAGAAAGGUCAUAAGAAGCUGAGGGAGCCCGUGGAUCCUGACAUGUGGAUUAUUGGUGCGGCUGUGGUCAACGCUUUCUAUUCACACAACAGAAACCAGAUUGUGUUUCCUGCUGGCAUCCUCCAGCCUCCGUUCUUCAGUGAAAAACAGCUGCAAGCUCUAAACUUUGGUGGAAUUGGCAUGGUUAUAGGACAUGAAAUCACUCAUGGAUUUGAUGAUCACGGCCGUAAUUUUGACAAGGAUGGGAACAUGUACAACUGGUGGAGCAACUACUCUGCCGAGCGCUUUGAGGAUCAAUCUAAAUGCAUGGUGGAACAGUACGGCAAAUUUAGCUGGAAACUCGCAGGAGGACAAAAUGUCAGUGGCAUCACAACAUUAGGAGAAAAUAUUGCUGACAACGGUGGAGUUCGUCAAGCAUAUAAGGCGUAUAUGAAGUGGGUGGAGAGGGAAGGCGAGGAGCCCCGUCUUCCUGGACUGGAUAUGGAUCACAAACAGCUCUUCUUUCUAAACUUUGCCCAGGUCUGGUGUGGUGCCUGUCGCCCGGAGUACGCCAUUCAGUCCAUCAAAACAGACCCACACAGCCCUCUGGAAUACAGGGUUCUGGGGUCCCUCCAGAACUUUGAGGCGUUUUCUGAAGCAUUUCAUUGCGCACAAGGAGCUCCUAUGAACCCCGAAGAGAAAUGUCGAGUGUGGUAACCUGCCGCCGGAGAUACGGGAGUCUGUGUAUAUUUUACAAACUAGGCAACGGUUAGGAGAGCUUGGAUCAUAUUAUGUUGUUCUGUGGCAGCUGCCUGGCUGUUAGUCUGAUGUAACAGACACGACCAAGGUGUGCGACACCUACAUGUAUGACUGCAUAGAUGUCUACUGUGAACUUUCAAAUGCGCACAUAUAACCAACGAGUGCAGGCGUCGUGAACGUGCACAGUGAGGGUGUUGUUUUCCUGAAAAAGAGGCAUGCUUUUUCAUUGUCUGUUUAAGAGACAUUUAAGCAAGAUUUUGUCCUGUUUGCCUGUUUACAGGUUUCUUGUGACACAUUACUAAUUUUGGCAUCGGAAAACACGUGUAAACGAAAGAGUUUCAUUGUAACGACAGUGCUUAUUGACAUCAGAUUAUUUUUCCAGAUUAUGUAAACGGAUAAAUCCCUCGGUUGGCUUUCGAUUCUGUCGGCUCUCCAAGAAGAUAUCCGUUGCGCUUGAGCGAUCCCAAAAUUAGUCAACAACUGAAGGCUUGGAAGCCGAUAGAGAUUGUGGUUUGAAUAGAAACCAGUCAAGGCAUAAUGUUUCGUUUCAUAAUAAGCAGCCUUGAAAUAUUUUGAAAAUGGUAUAGGAAAUAAUUUUUCCUUUUCUAAAGCAUGCAGCAGAGAGAGGCAAAAGCUGGAGUCCUAUUGAGCACCGUGCUAUCCUAAUGUAUGCGCUCUCUACAUUACAUUUCACUGAAGCAUCUUUAAAAGCGAGGGCUUAGCGUUACGUAAACGGGCCCGUGUUGACAAUUACCUGACAACCUUAAGACUGUUAAAACCAUAUCGCUUCAAGCUUUGUGUGUUUUUGUCCAUAAAUAGCUCCGAUUCAUGGCUGCCUUGCAAUUACGCUACAGACUUCUGUUAAAGCCAGCAGAUAAUGGCAGGAAGCCGCUGCAAUACGGGAAUGAAAAAGGUACAACGGGUCACUCAGACGGUUUGUUUGUUUCAUACAAGCUGUUCAUUCUGCCAGGGAACAUUUCUGUACAGUACAUUGCUAUUAAGACAAUGUUUUAGCAUGUUUAGGAGCAAGAAUCAGAUUCUGAGAGAUGUACUGUAGUAAAACCGAAGGGUCUUCAUCGAUUCAGUCCUCCUGUUCAGUUUGGUUUUUAUUUGGGGUUCUUAAAAACGUCAUUGCAGCAUUAAGAGAAAUGGCAUUUUUUAAAAUCAGAUCAAGACCAUUUUUUGCAGCAACGGAUUUUGUAACAAAUAUUUGAUCAUAAAUUAGUUUAGUUUUAAUACUCUACAACCGUUUUGUUAGCUUAAGGUGAAUAGUGGCAAUGUUCAUGUGACAAUCACUUUAACUUGGUAUAACCUGUUUUUUUCCAGCAGAGUUAAGUUGUUUGUUUUUGGUAGCUGGUUUGUUACUGGUCUACUGACUCUAACCAGCUUGGUCAAGAUGGUCUACCAGGUCAAAGUUCAGCUGAUGAACAAUCUAGAGUAGCUUGAAACCUCUCUAAAAAAAAAAAAACACACCAAAUGAUUGAUUUUCCAGCAGGGAACAUGCAAUUUUGUUCAUAAAUGUGGCAUGUAACACCAAAGAGUUUACGGUUAAGUUUUUAGAACAAGUUUUAGUAGCUGGUUUACCAACUCCAACCAACUUGGCCAAGUCAAAAAGUGACUAAGUUUUUUUUUUUUAACAUGGUAGCUGGUUUGUUACUGGUCUACCAACUCUUACCAGCUUGGAAAAGUUGGAAAAGACAGUUUACCAGGUCAAAGUCCAACUUAUGAACCAUCCAGAGUAGCUUAAACCAUUUCUUGCUAAUAUGGUAAUUGGUGGAAAUGUUCACAUUACAUAACCUGCUGUAAAAUACAGGUCAUAUGGUGGGUAACUGUUUUUACUGUCUACUAACUCUUAACCAGCCUGCCCAAGAUGGUCAAAGGGUCAAAGUUCAGCUGAUGAACCAGCUAGACUAGUUUGAACCCUCUACACAUUCCCUGCAAGAUACUUGGUGGUUUUUAUAAUUUUGUUCAUAAAUGUGGCAUGUAACACCAAAUGUUUGCUGUAAAGUUUUAAAGAUUUAAAGGACAUGGUAUCUGUUUUGUUACUGGUCUACCAACUCUAACCAGCUUGUAAAAGACAGUUUACCAGAUCAAAGUCCAACUGAUGAACCAUCUAGAGUAGCUUGAGCCAUUUUUUGCUAAUAUGGUAAUUGGUGGAAAUGUUCACAUUACAUAACCUGCUAGAAAGAAAGAAAGAAAGGUUAUACCAAGUCAAAGUGGUCAAGUUGGCUUUUUGAACACAGUAGCUCGUUUGUUACUGGUCUACUGACUUUAACCAGCUUGGCCAAGAUGGUCUACCAGGUCAAAGCCCAGCUGAUGAAUCAUCUAGACAAGCAUGAACCAUGAUUUUCCAUCAGAGAAUAUGUGAUUUUGUACAUAGCAGUACCAUAAAACACCAAACACCAAGAGGAUUCGUUAGGCAAAGGUCUCGCUCAAGGAUCAGUUAGCUAGCAUCACAUCUCGUGACUUCAUAAAUUGGUCUGAGAUCUGGGCUAAUGGGGCGGCAGGGGUUCAUUUGUUAGCUGGAGCAUAGCAGAUGAAGCGACAGCCAGAAGUUGUCUCUCAAAUGGACACUUUAGGGGAGGCGGCCCUCUCAUUAGAGAUCCAGUCGAGGCCGGUGACUGUUAUUUUCCGUCUUGAUUAAGCAGUAAUGACAGCAGAACUAAAGAUCCAAACAGGACGGAAGAAAAAUGAUAGAAGGAGAUGAUGGAAAAGAUCAAACGGACGUCAGACGGCCGCUGUAGGAGAAGAAAUGGAUUGUCAAGUUCUCCGAAAGCUUAGUGGAGUCAAUAUUGGCUUGCUUUGGGUUAUUGAUUAUGACUGUUAUCUCUCACGACAGAGACUUUGAUCAUUUGAAUGUUCAUAUCUGCCUUUGAAGCUUCAUUGCUAGCCAAUCUAAACCUCAACACCACUGUAAUGGCACGUACUGUUUGAUGCACGGCAGACAUGCGAUAUAUUGAAUGCAAGCAACUUUGGAACAAAUUAAACAUUAGAACCUUGGCGGCGGAAAGGGUUUUAUAGUGAUGAAAUGCCAAAUAAAACAUAAUCCCUGAAUUAUUAGUGCAUGCAUUUUCCAAUGCAACACCCUGCUAGACAAGAAAUGCAGCUCUGCCUCAAUCGAAAUUGGAAGGACUUGAGCUUUUACACGGGCAGAUACUGGUGUGGAGUAAAUCUGGUGUGAUUAGAAACCAUACAAGAGCCAAUAAUGCGCAUAUGUUAUGCUCUAUAGCUACAGUAUAUAAAGAACAAAGAGAAAUGUGCAGUGUUUUUAAUUUAUGUACAGUAUUCAACAUUGUUUGGGUUGAUUUACUUGCCAGUGACGUCAGUGCUAUCAAGGUGGCAAAAUACCUUCAAAAUAUCAAAACAUAUACACAUGCAACACCAUCAAUUCCAUAACAGCACGCAUACAUCAUUUCUAUCUGGCCUUGAGGCUUUUAUUAUAUUGAGAACCAAUAAAAUGAGGUGUGACGUGAACUACCUGUUCUUUAUACCGCAACAAAUUCGUGCCAAGGAUUGCUGAUGUGCAAAUUUUAAAAUAGCUGUUUUGUAUCCUGUGAAAUUACAAUAUAAAAUCACCCGCUGUAAUUGUUUAGAACUGCCUUGAAGAAAUUUGAGCUGAAGGAAAAAUAAGUACAUAACACCUAUAAAAUACCUUGCCGAGUGUGUAUUAUAAAAUAGCAUUUGUGUACAUUUUUAGUGUCUUCAUUGUGUGGUUUUGAAGGUGUUUAAUUAUAAGUAAGCUUAUGAUGAGUAAUUAUGAAGUCAGGAAUCAUUACUUUCUUCAGUGCAUUAUGGGACAAUGCCAAGAACUCGUCAGACACAAGAAUGAUGAUUCACAAUUCAGUUUUACAGAUUUUGUUGUUACUUUUUAUUUUUUGGGUCAAGGACAUAUCUCAUGAAAACACGCCCAGGUUACAUUUCGCAAAACCAAAAGGACAAAUUAUGGGUAGUUGGCGUAUGUCUAUAAACUUAAUAUAAACUUUAAUUUAUGUUCAAAAUAAAGCCUAUUUUAGAACCAUUAAGAUUUAUUUGAAUUAUGACAUGAAUUUCUUAAAGCAUGACUUUCAAAUAAAUAAAUAAACAAACAUAAUUAUGUAAUUAUACACCUGGGCAUUAUUGCAGGUUUUAUGAGAUUGUCCUUUAUGCUAUGAUAUGCCACAUUGACCACAGAUGCUGCUAUGACAAUAUGUAUUCUGUACAUAGACCCAUUGACUGCUGAAAGGUUAAUAUUUACUGACAGAAAUGCUCUUGAUUAUUAUAUAGGGUCCAUGUUUGGUUGAGACCAUAUAUGUUUUAAUGACUUUACAAGUGAAUGCUUUGUAAUUCUAUCGUUCUGCCAAUACUGAUUGUUCAAGUAAAAUUAUAUGGCUUAAAAAUGUUAUUUAGCUACCCUAAACAUUGAAAUAUUGUUAUAUAAGAGAAAAUAUGUACGCUUCAAAAAUAAACUUAUAUAAAGCAACAA